AACAGUUUGUUAAUUUGCAAAAAGUAAUUUAUCUUUUCUUUGAAGAUUUAAAAUAAUUGUAAAAUUGUGGCUUUGUUUCUCAACAAUUUCUAGAAAGUUUUCUAUGUUUGUACUUAAAUCUUAAACCUUGUUCAUCGGGAUGACAAAAACCGGAGGAUACUCACAAAUCUACCAUGGAUGAAAGCUGAACAUCCUUGUUCAACUUCAGUUUCUCCAUGCCUUUCUCACGCUAUCAACAACAUCAAUGGCGCAGUCUCAGAUUGGAUUUUUGGUUCCUCUUAAUCACAACCUAGAGCAAGACCAGUCCAUCCCAAAGCUACCAGUUUCCCAAGGCCCUAAUCCAAUUGGCCGCAUUAACGUUGUACACUCCGACAAGAGACUGAGCCGCAAGCAUCUUACUUUAGUCGCUUCCUUAGAUGGUUCUGCUGAUGUUGUCGUGGAGGGAACAAACCCAGUUGUUGUUAAUUCCAGGGGUCAGAGGAAGAAGCUAUACGCCGGCGUGAAAGCGAAGAUCGGGCAUGGUGAUAUAAUAGAACUGAUACCUGGGCUUCACUUUUAUAAGUAUGUAACCUUUGCUGGUGAUGAUACAAAUAAAGGGUCUUCAAAUGAGGGAGAAAGGCUCAGUGAAGCUCAGGGAUUUAGGCAGAAGAGGAUGCGGCUGUCGGAAGACAAAGCUCCUGGAAGCCAUUUGAAGGCUGAGCUGGAGAACAAAAGCCUGGUACAAGAAAGGUCUAUGUUGAUAAAAAAUUCUGGGUAUUGCCAUUCUAAUAGAGACAAUAGCUCAGAGGCCAUUCGCCAUUUUAAUGUAUCUGAUGAUAUAUUGCCUUUGACUUUUCGUCUGUUGCGAGUGCAAGGCCUGCCAGCAUGGGCAAAUACCUCUUCAGUUUCCAUAGGAGAUGUGGUACAGGGAGAGGUGGUUCUUGCUGUUCUUUCAAAUUACAUGGUGGACAUUGAUUGGUUGAUAUCUGCAUGUCCAACCCUUAAAAAGGUCCCUCAUGUGUUGGUUAUACAUGGAGAGGGUGAUGGUACAUUGGACCAUAUGAAGAGAAAUAAGCCUGCUAAUUGGAUUCUGCACAAACCUCCGCUUCCAAUUUCAUAUGGCACACACCAUUCAAAGGCCAUGCUUCUUGUCUACCCUCGAGGAGUAAGAGUUAUUAUACAUACAGCAAACCUAAUAUAUGUUGAUUGGAACAACAAAAGCCAAGGUUUGUGGAUGCAAGAUUUCCCUUGGAAGGAUCAAGGUGAUAUGAGCAAAGGAUGCGGGUUUGAAAACGACUUGAUUGAUUAUCUUAGUGCAUUGAAGUGGCCCGAGUUCCCUGCUAAUUUGCCAUCUCUUGGAAACUUCAAUAUAAAUCCAUCCUUUUUCAAGAAGUUUGAUUAUGGCAGUUCAGCGGUCCGACUGAUUGCAUCUGUUCCUGGAUAUCAUACUGGACCCAAUUUAAAAAAGUGGGGGCAUAUGAAGCUACGCACUGUUCUACAGGAGUGUAUUUUUGACAAAGAGUUUCAUAGGGCUCCUCUUGUUUAUCAGUUCUCUUCCCUGGGUUCUUUGGAUGAGAAGUGGAUGGCGGAGCUAGCAUUCUCCAUGUCAGCAGGUAUAUCAGAAGAUAAAAAGCCUCUGGGUUUAGGAGACCCGCUAAUUAUAUGGCCCACUCUGGAAGAUGUCAGAUGCUCUUUAGAGGGUUAUGCAGCUGGGAAUGCUAUUCCAAGCCCAAUGAAGAAUGUUGAGAAAGAAUUCUUGAAGAAGUAUUGGGCAAAAUGGAAGGCGGGCCACUCUGGUCGUGGUUGUGCAAUGCCUCACAUAAAGACGUACACUCGUUAUAAUGGACAAGAGCUGGCUUGGCUAUUGCUAACUUCAGCAAAUCUCAGUAAAGCUGCCUGGGGAGCUCUUCAGAAGAAUAAUUCUCAGUUGAUGAUCCGUUCUUAUGAGUUCGAAGACCGGAGGCUGUCCAUGCAUGAAGAAUUUAAGGACCUGUUCGCUUGUGGAAAAUAUAUAUUUUUUUCUUUUUCAUUUCCAGUUUCCAGUUUUUGAACGAUUUACAAAAAAAUGCCACUUUCUUUUCCAGUUUUUUCAAGAUUUGUAUUAGAAAAGAUAGAAAAUAGAGGAUUGGUUUAGUUGGGGAUCACAUAUUUCAUUUUUAUUUUUAUAUUUACACUGAAUUACAAAAAUUUCACAUUUUUUUUUUCAAUUUUCCUAAAUUUAUAUAGGAAAUUAGAAGUCAUGAAAACUUUAAAAAUAUGUUUACCAAUUUUCCUAUAAAAAUUUAGAAAACUGGAAAACAAGGUAGUAUUUUUGUAAUUAUUUGAAAAAUUGGAAAUGAUUAAUGAAACUACUUUUCACAAGUGAACAGUGCUCAAAAGUUUUAUUGGUUUCCAGAUAUACAAAUGCUGGAAAACUAAAAAAUAAGCUGACAUUUUGGUAAUUUUUUGGAAAACUAAAAACAGUAAGCAAAAACUGUUUUCCACAACUAAACAAGCCCCAAGUCUCUUCAGAUUUUUCUUGCCCUUGAUUUGCAGAGCAGGAUCUCUCUGUUCUCAGAGAUUGAUUUUCUAUUUUACUCACUUCAGUCUAAAACAUUGUAUCGUGUUGUUAUAUGCCUUUAAAAUUUCAGCUUGGAGUGCUAUUUUUACCUUUUGUCAAACAAUGUGGCCAUAGAUUUUCAUGUACGGAUAAUGGGGGUUCCCUGGAGG